GUUCCCUGCUGUGCACGUGGGGCUGGUUUUUCCCUCUGCAAGGCAUCUCCCCGUCCUUCUCCGUUGCAGCAGACUCUGCAUCCGUCAGAUGCGUUGCUGAUGCUCAGGAACCGGCAAAGAUGGGCCGGAUUGCCUGGAAAGCCUUGUGCCUGUCGCUCUUCGAUUAUAAAACCGAGAAAUAUGUCAUUGCCAAGAACAAGAAGGUGGGGAUUCUCUACCGUGUGGUCCAGCUGUCCAUCCUGGUGUACACUGUCGGGUGGGUGUUUAUGGUCAAGAAAGGGUACCAGGAAGUGGAUACCUCCAUCCAGAGUUCGGUGAUCACCAAGGUGAAGGGGGUUGCCUUCACCAACACCACAGACAUGGGCAAGAGGAUCUGGGAUGUGGUGGACUACAUCAUGCCCCCGCAGGGCGAAAGUGUUUUUUUCGUAAUGACCAAUUUGAUCAUCACCCCCAACCAGCGGCAAGAUACCUGCGCUGAGAACCCGGGUAUUCCAGAUGCCUUGUGUUACCGUGACCAAGAUUGCACUCCAGGAGAAGCAGUGGUAGCCGGCAAUGGAAUCAAGACCGGGCUGUGUAUAAAAGUUGGGAACAACAUCAGUGGGACCUGUGAAAUACUAGCUUGGUGUCCAGUGGAGAGGAAAGACAGCCCAAAAUCAGCUUUUCUGGCUAAUGCUGAUAAUUUCACGGUGUACAUCAAGAACACCAUCCGCUUCCCCAGGUUUAAUUUUUCCAAAACCAACGUUCUUGACACCAAGGAUGAUGCCUAUCUGAAAACAUGUCACUAUGGAGCAGAGCAACCUUACUGCCCCAUCUUCUCCCUGGGGAAACUGAUCAGCUGGGCCGGGAGCAACUUUCAGGAGAUGGCAUUAGAGGGUGGUGUGAUUGGAAUUCAGAUCGAAUGGGACUGCGAUUUAGAUCAAGCACCAUCGAAAUGCAACCCUUGCUAUUCUUUUAGCCGGCUGGAUAACAAGUUUGCGGAGAAGUCCAUUUCCUCUGGAUACAAUUUCAGGUUUGCCAAGUAUUACCGGAACACAUCGGAGGUCGAUUUCCGAACGCUGAUCAAAGCCUAUGGGAUCCGCUUUGAUAUUAUGGUGAACGGCAAGGCAGGGAAAUUUAACAUCAUUCCAACGGUAAUCAACGUGGGAUCCAGUCUGGCACUGAUGGGAGCGGGUGUGUUUCUCUGCGACGUGGUGCUGCUGUAUCUCCUCCGAAAGAGCAAUUUCUACAGAGGAAAGAAAUACGAGGAAGUGAGGUCGAACACCAGGAAACCUUUACCAGACGCUGCCAUCAGUGGGAACCAGGGAGCAGACCCUCUAUCACAGUUGGAUCGGCUUGGACAGCUACAGACGGCUGAGACCUAAAGCUGGUGCAUUUCCCUGGAGGCCCCCCUCCACAAAGUCGUCAGUGGGGAGACAAACCCCUGACUACAGAAGCUGCAAGAAGGGAUU